AUGCCUUCCGGCCCCUCCAGUCCGCGAUCCGCCUCCAUCCCGAGGUCCGAGUCGUCGCCUUCCGGCACACAAGCCCUAACCGCGACCAACCCAACCGAGUCGCACGGCCAUGUCAGUAACAACGGACAGCAAGACCCGGCCUCUCCCACGAAGCUGUCGUGGAACCAUCUCAGGCAGGGCGAAAGCCAUCAGCGCAUUCGCCAUGGCGCAAAACAGUUGCUUCGCCUGACCGAGAGCUUCUCUGCUUUCGAUGGCGCUGGUCCGGCUGGCGGCCACGACACCGCACAUGAGCACACCUUCCCUACCGACGACGACCUGCGAACAAUGUCGCGCCUCUCGCACAGCAUCGCCCGCGACAUCAACGAAAUCCGGGCCCUCAGGAAGGACGACCCGAACGCCCAAAACCAAAAGCGAAAGACCGACGAGAGUAGCCAGCAACAAGCGGCUUUUCGGAACGACGCGUCGGACCGUGGGGAUCCGCCCGCCCGCCGACCCGGACGCCGAGCCGAGUUCUCGUGCCACAAGUGUCACCGCGUCGAAACUCCCGAGUGGCGGCCCGGCCCGGACGGCCCCGGCACACUCUGCAACGUCUGCGGCCUGAUAUAUGCAAAGAGAGAGCGCAAAAAAGACGAGCUGACGAUGCCUACUUUUGGUCCUCCCAGCUUUUCUUGA